AUCUUUAUGGAUAACCGUGAUUUAUUACGAUAUACUUUUAGUGCAUCUUACUUGUUGCAACUGUGUUGUAACCUUUCCACGUGCGCAUUUUAACUACAUUCUUUUUCUUGUUUGAUUUGAUCUUCGACAAACAAAUCAUUGACACAAUGGCAGAUACCUUGCACAAAGAUGGAUACGAAAUAUCCAAUUUAGCAAUGCGCUGUGGUGGUGGUGGUGGUGGUAAUAUAGGAGGAGAUAGUGAUAUGAAGCUAGAACCAUCUAGUCCUACAGAAAAGUAUACAUUUUCCCGUUGUAGUAGUACUGGGUCAGUGAAUACUCCAUCUUCAUCUGCUCAUAAUACAGAGGAUGAAGACAGUGAUAACAAAAAUUCCACUAUAAGUUACAAAGAGCGCAGGAGGGAGGCUCAUACUCAGGCAGAACAAAAACGAAGAGAUGCCAUAAAGAAGGGAUAUGAUUCUCUUCAAGAUUUGGUUCCCACUUGCCAACAUACAGAUUCUUCAGGAUACAAACUUUCCAAGGCUACUGUACUUCAGAAAUCUAUUGAUUAUAUACAGUUUUUGUUGCAACAAAAGAAAAAACAAGAGGAAGAACGUAAUGCAUUGAGAAAAGAAGUUGUUGCUCUGCGUAUUAUGCAGGCUAAUUAUGAGCAAAUUGUAAAAGCACAUCAAACUCAACCAGGGCAUGCAGAAAUGCGUGUAUCUGAUGAAACUAAGUUUCAAGUGUUCCAAGCAAUUAUGGAUCGUUUGUUCCAAACUUUUAGCAACAUUUCUGUAGCAAAUUUUGCAGAAUUAUCUGGAUGUGUGUUUAGUUGGUUAGAGGAACACUGUAAACCUCAGACAUUACGCGAAGUAGUACUGUCAGUACUCCAGCAGCUUAAUAGCCAAAUCAGCUAGUCGAAUAUAUUAUUAGACGAUUCGUGAAUGCACAAAACAAUGUCUAUAAAAACUUUUCGCGGGUACUUAGACCAAUCAACAAGUAGAGUUACCAGAAAGGAUGGGAGUAUGUGUUAUAUACAAUGCGGGUAGCAUAAUGAUUGAACGAGAAAUACAAAUAGAAAUUUAUUUUAUAUACUAAUAUGGUUGUAGAUAUAGCCACGUAACGUGGUUUGUCGUUUAUUGACGACCAGAACGAUGUUAAAUAUUAUUACCAGAGAUUUUUUAUUACAUG